CCAGACGGGUGUUCUUGCAAUGCCAAAAAAUGGAAUUGGAUUCUUCCCAAAUUUGUGGUUUGCUUAUAUAGAAGCUAAGAGUCCAGCAGAGUCAAAAUUUUAGUGUUAAAUUUUUAAAUCAAAACUCUAAAUAAUACAUUUUUGACUUUUUUUUCUACCAAAUGAUUAUUUUUGCAAUGACAAAAAAUGAAAUAGGAUUGCUUCUAUAUGUCAGGUUUGCUUAUGUAGCAGCUAAGGGUUAAGGAUCCAAUAAUAACUACAAAGUGAAAAGACAUAACUACCCUUCUAAUAUCUAUUUAUGGUGGGUUCUUAUCUUGGUUUGGCUAGUAAUGAAGCUUUAAAUUAAAUAACACACAAUCAUAUUAUUCAGACAUGUUAUUAGCUUCAUGUUAUCAAAGGUAUGACUAAAAAAAAAUUAAAGGUAUGCAUCCAAUUUAUUAAAUAAUAUACACUUUCUUUUGUCAUUUGAAUUUUGGUUUGAGCAAAGGCAGAAAACCGGAUGAAUGUAAGGGAAACCGGAGUUGCAUAUGGUUAGAGCAAAGCUGGAAAAACAAAAAAAAAAAAACAUAAAUCAGGAAAAUCAAUCGGUUGGCAAGUGAUAUCUUCAAAUGACGCCGUUUUUCAGGACAAUCAGAUUUCGAUUAAGGAUUUCAUGCAUUGCAUAAACAAUGGUUCAUUCACAGGUGUCCACUUUACUGGGUUGUAUCCCAUCCGUUGUUGGAUAACCAAAAAGGGUUCAAUCACAUCCAUCCAAGCUGUCAAUUUCCCUACUGAUGAUGAUUUCACCAAUCUCACCCCUGCCAUCACUUCAACUCACUUGGAUGCCACUAUUGUGCUAUGCCGACGGGUAAAAGGGUAUUUCGGUCAUUUUUUCAUUUGUUGUCUAUUCAGCUUUAUGACACUGAUGGAUUGAAUUCUAAAAAAUGACUAUAGAUAUUUGACCUUAAC